UCGCUUAUCAUCUCCCGUAAACCCUAAAGACACUGAAGCAUAUAUAAGAGAGAACCGGAAAGACGGCGUAGAGCUCUUUGUUGCCUCCGAACCGCCUCCGAGAACGAGACUAGCAGAGCGAUUCCAUUUCCUCUGAGCUCUCUCUGCAUCAACAAUGUCUCUGGUCGCGAACGAGGAAUUCCAGCACAUUUUGCGUGUGCUGAACACUAAUGUCGAUGGCAAGCAGAAGAUCAUGUUUGCUCUCACCUCCAUUAAAGGUAUCGGUCGCCGAUUCGCAAACAUUGUCUGCAAGAAGGCCGAUGUGGACAUGAACAAGAGGGCCGGUGAAUUGAGUGCUGCUGAGCUGGAUAACCUCAUGGUUAUCGUUGCCAAUCCCCGCCAGUUCAAAAUUCCAGAUUGGUUUUUGAACAGGAAGAAGGAUUACAAGGAUGGGAAGUACUCCCAGGUAGUCUCCAAUGCCCUAGAUAUGAAGCUCAGAGAUGACUUGGAGCGGUUGAAGAAGAUCAGGAACCACCGAGGUCUGAGGCACUACUGGGGCCUUCGUGUACGUGGUCAGCACACCAAGACCACCGGCCGCAGAGGGAAGACUGUUGGUGUCUCCAAGAAGCGUUAAGCUCAGCUCGAUUUCUUCUUCUCAUUUAGAAUGGAAAGGCAGAGUUUUGUUUACAAGAAUGUUUGGAUUUCUGAGAAUUUCUUGUAGCGAGUUUACCCUGUGGAUUGAUGUUAAGGUUCUCCAUUUAUAUGUACAAGUGGUUCUUGUCUACAAGACCCCCACUUCCCCACUUCCCCACUUCAAUGACAUGACCACAUUUGUUUUCUAA